AUGGAACACCGGAAUCAGAAGUCAGAAGUAGGAUUAAAGCGACUUUUUAACAAGUCGCCCGUCCCAUGGAAGCUACUGAAGAGAGAGAGUAGCUAUGCCCGGAAGCGAGUUUACGUUUGUCCAGAGCCAACUUGCUUGCACCAUGAUCCAUGCCAUGCACUUGGUGAUCUGGUGGGAGUAAAGAAGCAUUUCAGAAGGAAACAUAGCAAUCAGAAGCAAUGGGUUUGUGACAAGUGCUCUAAAGGUUAUGCUGUUCAAGCUGAUUUGAAGGCUCAUCUCAAAACUUGUGGUACCAGAGGCCAUUCUUGUGACUGUGGUCGUGUUUUCUCCAGGGUAGACAUUUUCAUGGAGCAUCAAGAGUCAUGCAAAGGUAGGACUACUAUCCACACAGAAUUGCAGUCACCAGCUCCUAGAAAUUCAAAUUCAAGCACCACCUCUACUCCAAUUUGGAACAUACCCAAUCAGAAUAAACCCGAAAUCGUGUUUUCGGUACAAAACAAUCACUCUAUCUCUAACUUCCAUCGAAAAUUAAGUCCAAAACCAUCUAUUUUUAGUCCUCCAGGCCAAUAUCAUGCCACCCAAUUAAGUCUAUCAAUUGGAUCUCUAAGUAUUAAUAAUGAAGAAAACGAAAUAAACCAUUCACCAAUAUUGAACAAUUGUGCAUGGAAAGCCUACUUCCAGCACAGGGUUGAUAUUGAAGAACAUGAAUUGGCAGCAUCAAGGUUGAGAGAGGCAGCGCAUGAGCAGCUGAGGGUGGCCUGGGAAGAGAGAGGCUUGGCAGAAGAGAGGCGGCGACAAGCAAAAUGGGUGUUUGAAUUGGCUGAGCAAGAGUUCACGAAGGCAAAGAUAAUCAGACAAGUUGCUGAAAUGGAGUUGAAUAAGGCACAAGUGCUGGAAGAUGUUGCAAGAAAGGAAAUGAAUUCCAACAUUCUGCAGAUAAAUUGUCUUGCUUGCAAGAAGAAGUUCCAAAGAUUAAAUACUUUGUGA